CGGAGGAGCGGACCGAGGGCGCCGGGAUCAUGCUGCGCUCGCUGAGCGGCCUGGGCCUGCUGGGCGCGCGGGCCCCGGGCCGGUGUCCGGCCCCGCCGCUGCUGCUGGUGCCCGCGCGCGGCCGCAAGACCCGCCACGAUCCGCCGGCCAAGUCCAAGAUCGGGCGCGUGAACAUCCCGCCGGCGGUGGACCCCGCGGAGAUGUUCGUGCUGACCGAGCGUUACCGGCAGUACCGCCAGACGGUGCGGGCCAUCAGGCUGGAGUUCGUGACCGAGGUGCGGAAGAAGAUUCACGAGGCCCGCGCGGGGGUCCUGGCGGAGCGCAAGGCGCGGGAAGACGCGGCCGAGCACCAGGAGCUGAUGGCCUGGAAUGAGGCGGAGAACCGGCGGCUGCACGAGCUGCGGCUAACGAGGCUGCGGCAGGAGGCGCUGGAGCAGGAGCAGCGCCAGGCGGAGGAGCAGGCCCGCCAGGCCCAGGAGGCGCGGCUCUGGGCGCAGCUCAAGGAGCAAGAAGUGCUGCAGCUGCAGGAAGAGGCGAAAAACUUCAUCACCCGUGAGAACCUGGAGGCGCGUGUGGAGGAGGCGUUGGACUCCCCUAAGACCUACAACUGGGCUGUCACCAGGGAGGGGCUGGUGGUGAGGCCGCAGCCCCCCGGCUCCUAGAGCCACAAUGAGGACACAGUGAUGCCCCACAUACCCGGUUGGCAGGGCCUUGGAAGGAGGAGCCUCUUCCCAGCAGGGCCCUCACCUCCCACUAUCUGUGGAACACCUCAGGGCCGCAGUCACACAGAGGCUUGCACUGGGCUGCAGGGCCAUCCCCUGACUGCCGUCCGGGCUACUGAUUGGAGAAUUACAAGCCGUAGCCACAUGUGGUCUGCUGUCCAUUCACUUUUUGUAAAUAAAGUUUUAUUGGAAUACA